AUGCAUUUUCACUUCGUGCGGCCGAACGGCGAGCCCCUGCCACGGUUAACGUUGGCUGUAAACACAACGGUCUGUGGUAUCCAGUAUGGAACCGCAGGAGCGCUUGCCGGUGGCCUUGUCCUCGGAUCCGACGCAUUCUGGCAUGCGUCCACUGUCUUGCAGCUGGGCACGCGCGGAGGCUAUCUUGCACUCAGAGCCAGCUUUGGACCCGGCGCUCUGGCCUUCGGAAUCUGCGGAAGUAUCUUCGGUUUGACACUUCUCCCAAGCAUCGCCGCCGUCGACGCUGGCGCCGCGUACUACCGCCAACGCCUGCCUGUUUUCAGCGAGCAUUUUGACCGCAAAUUUCCAGAGGGCGUGGUCAGCGAGCUCCUACCGGCGCUGGUUCACCUCGGUGGGGUCAUGUACCUGUGCCGGCAUCGCAUUCCCUGGACAAAAGCACCAAUGACCAACGGGUUGGCGUUGUUGGGGUGUGGCCUGGCCGUUGCGGCGCAGGAUGCAUUGCUUGUAAGAUGUUCCGCAUGCAGGACAGUUUCUUAUUGUGGACCAGUUUGCCAGACGGCCGACUGGAAGGCGCACAAGACACAUUGCAAGGCGUUUCAGAAACUCGGGCAAGUGCCGCCAGUUCCGGAAACUCUCCUGAGGCGCCUUGAAGAGAUGCUUCGUGUUGGCCGGCAGCACACGAUCUACGAGCAGAGCUCCGCGCUGGGGCUCGAUCCCAGCCUGAUAUCCGGCACGAUCGGUGCGGAUGUCUUCAAAGAAAGCGGUGAGAAAGGCCAUUUUUGGCGCCUUGGAGAGGACGAGCGAAAGAAAUGGGACGACAAGGCGGCGGCUAUUACUCGCAAGGCGCAACAAUUUUGGAUAUCAUACCUUUCUCCGUUAACUGUCAAAUAUGAGUGGGUUGAUAUUGUGUUGGACGCGGUCCUCAAUGUGAGGCUUCCAGGGUAUAACAAUGUUAUGUGGCAAAACCAGGUCAACGCAAACAUCCUUGCCGGCCUCUUUCCACACCUUCAUCGAUUUACCCCCACACAAAACACAACUCUCCUCGACAUAUUUGCCUCCCCUGCAUGGCAUGACGACGGCACUUUCCGUCUGGAGACUGGAACCACUGUCCUCUUCGCCCAUGGCCGACCCACAGCUAAUUUGAUUGACCAACUCAUUGGCCGUUGCUUGAGCUGGACACGACCGUACUCUGAAAUCGACAAGCUUUUGUGUUGCGUCGCGCUUCCAAUUCAGAAGUGUUGGCCGGACAUAGCGGGUACACGAAUACUUGACCUCGCAUUUGCGAUGCUCAGUCCGGGGAGGCCCGGUCCUGCCAAGGGAAGAACGGUACCCGGCGACAAAAUAUUGGAGAUCGCCGAGACAUCUCCCACCGCCUGCAAGCACUUGCUGCCGGUAAUUCAUAUCAUGUGUCGUGCGCGGUCACCACCCAUGAUCAGCCAUCCCGACAAUCGAAUUCUUGAGCUGUGCGAAUCGUUCGGCAUUUCUUUACGCGACGACGAGUCUGGUCUAACCGCCCAACUCGCGAGGGACUUCCGGUUUUGUGCCGCCAGUACGAGUAGAAUGGAGCGGUUGGUUCUGGAGGGACGGGCGGGCGAGUUAGACAAGUAUGGGAUCUCGAUCAAGGACCACUCGCUAGCGGAGCUCAGGCAGAUGAACAAGGAGGCCAUGGAUCGGCUGGGAAACCCUCAAAUUCUUUGA